AUGUCCUCCGCCGCAGGAAAACCAACGGUCCACCACAACAGCAAGGUCAAGCAGGGGAAUCCAAAUCCAAACACUGCUACAACAACCAAGAAGAAGAAGAAGCAGCAGCUCCUCUUGGGAGUCUUCAGAUCUUCCUCAACCUCCAAUUCCUUCUGCGGCUGCGGCCUCUCCGACGUCCACGACCCUGCCUCCUCCUCCAAAUUCACCGUCUCCAGAACCACCACUGUCCCUCCUUCCCCUUCCUCCAGCAUCAACAUCCUCGCUUUCCUCCCCAAACACCCCAACUCCCCCGCCGCCGCCGCCGACGAAGAUCGAGAUCCGUCGCGCGCCGAUUACUCCUCCUCCGCCACCAGCACCACCACCGCGACGACGACGACGGCGACGUCCUCCACCUGCUCCUCCUCGUCCUCGUCCUACGAGAGCAGCAGCGCUGCGGAUCGGGGGAGAUCGGCGAUCGGGAGCAGCAUCGCGGUGGUGAAGGACUCGGACGAUCCGUACGAGGAUUUUAGGGAUUCGAUGAUGCAGAUGGUGGUGGAGAAGGGGAUUUACAGCCGGAGCGGAUUGGAGGAGCUGCUGAAGCGGUUCCUGGAGCUGAAUUCCCCCUGCUACCACACCGUCAUCGUUCGGGCGUUCACUCAGAUCUGGAACGAGGUGGUGGUCGCCGCCGCCGACGUCGUCGGCAGGCAGCAGCACGGCACGUGCGGAGGCCGCUGA